AUGGAAAACUCGCCAUUAUCGCGCUUACCCCUUGAGCUCCGCGAACAAAUUCUAGACUAUCUCAUGCCCACAGACAUCAAGCACAUCACCAACUACACGAAACAAAACGCCAGUAUCAGCUCGCUUGGCCCUGUCAAAGACAUGAUGAUCGCACUAGCUCGUCGCCAUACUUUUGCAGCCAGCUGCCGCGAACUUCAACACCUAGGCUUACGUCUGGAUCUACGGCGUACAGAAUUCAUCUGGGAGUGUUGUCUUCCUCUGUCAUCGCCGAGUAUCCACAAAGAUAUUCGGAACCAGAGUGACGAUAUCGGUCUUGUCUUUCAUACUUUGCCAGAGCUACAUUCACAGGGAUUUGUUGAUAGUGUCCGCGGUUUGGGUGCUGUCGUCUCAGACGAUUACCUACAUCGCGAAAGCUUGACUACAAACGAGGUUCCAGAUGCUCAAAGACAGGAAAAUUGGACCAACGCCCCCCUCGAAAUCAUGAAUAUGUACGAUAGAGCUAUGUACAUCGCUUCACGCCUACGCAUCGAACAAUGUCAGAGGGAACUCGGACAUCACCAACUCUUCUACCGGCACAGCUACCGCUUACAAGCCUUUACCGAUGGAAAUGCUGCCAGACCCAUCAAGAAAGCCCUGAGAAAGACCUGGAAGCGCGAUACGGUAGAGAUCACCAUCGACCUGCUUCAUGAAGAAACUUCGCUCCAACGAAUGAGAGCAGCCAUAUCACUACUCGACAUCGAGCACAUUGAGAAAAUGGAAGCUAUCCAGAUAGAGAUUGAUCGACAAGUGCCACUAUCUUCAGUGGGAAGUGAUGCUGGACUCGAUCGUGAAAGGUCCAUAUAUGUUCAGUUCCUUCGCGACAUGGAUGUCAAAUAUUCUCGAUGGAAACAGCGAAUUGAGAAGUUUCAUGAAGGGCUGAUUGAAGUGGUAAUGCUGGGCUAUCGAAGCAAUUACUGUGACGUCGAAAACAGUAUGAAACAACUGCGAGCAGGGCUCGAACAGACUGCACCGCAAGACUGGACAGGCGACCAAUCGGUCGAGGCGGUUGUUGAUAUGAUCAAGGCAACGAAGCUCCAUGAUAUUGAACCAAGUCAGCAUACCAGAACUAACUAA